CUUUCUUUUAUUUACGAAAGACUAAUUGAUUAUGGAAAGUUUAUGACUAGAGAAAAUUUUAUAGAGUUUUUGGCUACUUAUGGAAUUGAAAUAGUAGAUAAUGAUAUUGAUGUGUUAAUGAUGACGGAUGAUGAAAUAGAUAAUGGCGAUUAUGAUCCAGAGCAGAAAUACCCAGAACUUGAUUCUGUUAAUGCAAUAAGGUAG